CUUCCAUUUCCGGGUUUGAGGCGAGAGCAGCGGUGUGAUUUUAGGGCUCGUUCGUAUCUGUCAAAAUGCAGGAUCCAAAUGAAGACACAGAGUGGAAUGAUAUCCUGAGGAAGAAGGGGAUUCUUCCUCCCAAAGAGGUCCCGAAAGAGGAUGAAGAGGAGGAGCUGGCCUUCCAGCAACAGUCUGUUGUAAAAACAUACGAGAGUAUGACACUGGAUGAGUUGGAUGAGAAUGAAGAUGAGUUCAAUGAAGAGGAUGAGGCUGCCGUUGAAAUGUACAGGCAGAAACGGCUGGCAGAGUGGAAAGCAGCUCAGAUCAAGAAUGUGUUUGGAGAAGUGGCAGAAAUAUCGGGGCAGGACUAUGUCAAUGAAGUCACCAAGGCCGGAGAUGGCAUUUGGGUGGUGCUGCACCUCUACAAACAGGGCAUUCCACUGUGCACCCUAAUCAACCAGCAUCUGAGUAAGCUGGCCAGGAAGUUCCCUCAGGCCAAGUUCCUAAAGUCAAUCUCCACCACCUGCAUCGCCAACUACCCUGACCGCAACCUACCCACCAUCUUCGUCUACUUCGAGGGCGAGAUGAAGGCUCAGUUCAUUGGCCCUCUGGUCUUUGGGGGCAUGAACCUCAAAGUUGAAGAACUGGAGUGGAGGUUAGCAGAGUCCGGCGCUGUAAAGACAGACCUUGAGGAAAACCCCAGGAAGCAGGUCGAGGACAAGCUGAUGACAUCGAUCAGAUCAUCAAUUCCCACAUGGAAAGACAUUGACUCAGAGGAGGAGGACUAUUAAAAAAAGUACACAAGCCUGUAGUUAAAAGGCAAAAAAACCCCAAAUUAAACAACAACAACAGACUCUGGCCUCUGUUGUCACGAAGUGGAUUAUACAGGGAGAGGAUGACAUCCCCACCAUCACCACCAGUCAAUUUACAUUGUAGUCAUAUAGCUGAUACUUGUUUCCAGGGCAGCUUACAUCAUUUGUACAGGAAAGGGGUACACUGUCUAGCUUGAUGACACGUCAACAAAAUACUAAACUGACUGGAAUCAAACAUGACUCUUCUGUAACCAGAUGGUCUCUCUAACAGGCGCCCCUUGCCGCCACAGUAGAUUUUAGUAACUACAGGAGGAAAGGGGCAACUCUUAUUGGUUUAGUCACAUUUUUUGAGAAAAUUAAUCCUUAUCUGUUCCUAUGUGGUGCUCAUGUGACUCUUCAGCCAGCAGAGGCUGAUUGGAGGUGAUCGCCUUUCAGGAUGAGCAAGACAGUCAUACCCCUCCAAUGUCAACAUGAUUUAAUAUGGGUAAUGAGACAGUGGAAGCCAUUAUUUCUAGUAGUACUUGCGUCACAAGAUUUGCGUUUAUAUUUCUAUUUGUACAAUUUAACACAAGUUCACAUCUGUCAACGAUGCCAGUUUUUGUUAAAAUUUUCUUGGUGCCUGUGUAAUUGUUAAUCAUAUAAAGGACGUAUUCCAUAA